AUGGCAGUGCCAUGCGUGCGCCGCAGCUAUGCCGGCGUGCUGCGGGGCAACGUCUUUGAGCGCACCAAGGUAUCGGUGCAAGAUCUCAGCGAGGCUGACCAGCAGGCCUCUUCGGAGAGCCGUGUGUCUCCCACUUCCGCCUCUUGGUGCGUCUGCUAUGGCAUUGGCAUCAUCUCCACUCUUGUGCUCUAUGGCAUCCUCCAGGAGGGUAUCAUGACCGUGGCUUAUGAUGGCCAACUCUUCAAGUACUCCGUCUUCCUGGUUCUUUGCAACCGCCUGGCCGCUGUUGCUUUUGCCCUGGUGAUGGCCAAGAUGAAGGGCGAGAGCAUGGCCAACGAGGCACCCUUGUGGAAGUACUUGAUCGUCUCCCUCUCAAACGUCUACGCCAGUUCCUGCCAGUAUGAGGCUUUGAAGUACGUGUCCUUUGCUGUGCAAAUGCUGGGAAAGAGCUUCAAAAUGAUGCCCGUCAUGAUCUGGGGCAUGAUCAUCGCGGGCAAGUCUUACGGCAUGCGCGACUGGACGGUGGCCUUCGCUGUGACUUUGGGAUGCACGGAGUUCUUGAUGACAGGCCCCACGCAUUCCAAAGUGGACUCGGCGAACAGCUUCAAGGGCUUUCUCCUGCUGGGCGGGUUCUUGGCCCUGGAUGGGCUCACUUCCACAUUCCAAGAGAAGCUCUUCAAGGAGCACAAGACCACAAAGUACAACCAGAUGCUGUACAUCAACCUUCUCUCUGCCACUGUCUCCAUCAUCACCUUGUUGGCCACGGGGGACCUGGCGCCGGCGCUGGCCUUUGGCAUGGAGCACCCCCAGUUUUGGCUGGACUCCGCGCUCUUGAGCUGCUCCGCCGUGGCCAGCCAGUUCUUCAUCUACUCGCAGAUCAAGGAGUUUGGGGCCCUGGUCUUCGCGGCCACGAUGAACGUGCGCCAGGUGGUGUCCAUCCUGGUCUCCUAUGCGAAGUACAGCAACCCCGUGACCAUGCUGCAGAUUCUGGGUCUUAUGGUCAUCUUCUCCGCUCUGUUCUACAAGUCGAUCGCGUCCAUGAUGGAAGCUCCCAAGGAGAAUGCCAAGGAGAAGGAGCCGAUCCUCAACAAGGAGGAGGCAGCACCUCUGCAAGACGAAGCCGACAAACGCAGCGAUGCGGAAAAGAAGCGCGCGAUGCCGCGAUGCCGCGAUGCCGCGAUGCCGCGAUGCCGCGAUGCCCAAGCGAUCAUUCAUGACAUCAUCCAAGACAAGAUGCAGCGCGUGCAGGAGCUGAUCUCCCGGGUGCAGCGCCAGGAAGCCUGCAAACAAGAGCAGCUCCUCAUCCAGGCGCAGCAGGCGGAGGAGGAGGAGCAGCAGCUGGAAGCCCAACGCCAGGACCGCGCGCGGCGCAGCGCGGAGGCCUUCGCGGUCUUCGCGGCGGAGGCGGCGGCGGCGGCGCAGAAGCGGCGGGCGGAGGAGGCGGCGCUGGUGCGGCGCAUGCGGCAGGAGGAGGCAGAGAAGAAGGAGAAGGCCAAGGAGGCCGAGGAGGUGCGGCGGCGGCAGCGGGACCAUCGUCUGGCGCAAGCGCAGCAGCGCCGCCAUGCGGCCGACCAAGCGGCGCGGGCACGGCGCGCCCUGCUCAAGUCAGCCCACAAGGCGGCACAGGAAGCUGUGCAGGAAGCAGCGAAGCAGAAAGCGGCGCAGAAGGCCAGCGCUCGCCCGGUUCUGGACGGCGCAACUGCUGCGCGGCAGCAAGGUUUGCAGCGCUUUGCGGCGAGCCUGGACGCGGCUCAUAGCCACUACGCCAAAGGCGCCAGGCCAAAAUCAGGGGCGUUGAGAAGAACGGCCUCAGCUCCGAACAGGAGGCCGACAUCUGCCAGCUGCGUCGUCUGCGGCGCGGAGGUGAAACUGGCAAAGCCCCGAGAGGAGUACUCGGCGGGGCCGGGCGGCCCGCUGGUACAGCCCACCACUUCGGGAGGCCGUCCCUCGCUGAAGGGCCUGCAAUUCGCUUCCGGCGAGUCCCUGCCUUUCGACGGCUCACCCACCAACACGCUCCCAGGGUCUCCCACUGGACUGAUGAUGUUCCCUCAGUACCUUCGAGCGGUGAAGCUAGGCGGCUUCCAGAAUGAUGGCCUCAAUGCGCUGUACGUGGAGCGGCCGUCCGAGGCAUUCAGGGUGAACGACCGUGAGACCUACUGGCCCGCCUCGGGCUACUACUUCAUCUAUAGAAGCAGGAGUACGAGCACUUGGGGCAUCGGCAAGGCAAAGCGCUUUGAUGCCAUCAAGGAGGGCAAGAGCAAUGGCGUGGCUCACAGCCCCGAGGGGUACGAGCUGUGGCUGGAGGUCAACGAGGGCCAAGCAACACGAAAGACGAACUGGCGGGAGUGGGACAUCCAGAUGAACAAGUGGGUCACCCGUGCGGGCUCCGGCGUGCUCAGCCGUGGCAAGGUGCGGCCCAAGGCCCCAGGGGUCAACAAGGCGGAGGUAGCUGUGCAGGCGGUCGUCGAGGUGGCCCACCGGGAGAUCCAGGCGAUCGCCAGCCAGGGCCCAGCGGCGCCGCAGGCGCCGGCGCAGUCCCCGGGCCCAAGCUCACGGGCGCAGAUGGCCAAGCUGCCCACCUUCGACCCCACGGGCUCCACAGCGACCUCCGGGCCCCUGAUGAGGGGCGACACCGGCCCGUUUCUGCCUGCCAGCAGCCCAUCGCAAAGUGGGACCUCGCCGAGCAAAAGCCCUCACAAAGGCGUCCCAGCGACCAACAAGCAUAAAAGCACGGAAGCACUGCUGGGAUUGGGAACGGAGUCCCAGGGGACACGCCGCCCUUCUGUGCGGUUGGAUGGAGCUGAUGCUGGUCGGCCUGCGUCGACCUCACGCUCAGUGAGCCCCAACCCACGAGGCCCGUGA